GUGAUUAUUCCACGACAUGAACUUAAAUAAACUAUAAACCGCAUACAUUAAAGGAAUAAAUAACCAUGUUGUAUGAAAAGGAGGUGCCAUGGCGGCGGCUACACAGCAUGUCCUUCAGCAUGUACUCUGCCGAAGAGAUCAGGAAGCUGAGUGUGAAGACCGUCACUAACCCCAGGUUCCUGGAUGCAGUUGGGAACAUGGCUCCAAACAGUCUGUAUGAUCUGGCCCUGGGGCCAGCUGACAACAAAGAGGUUUGUUCCACCUGUUGUCAGGACUUCAGGACGUGUCCAGGUCAUCUGGGACACGUGGAGCUUCCUCUGCCCGUGUACAACCCACUCUUCUUUGAUAAACUCUACCUUCUGAUCCGAGGCUCUUGUCUGGCGUGUCACAUGUUGACGUGUCCUCGAGCCUCCAUUCACCUGCUAAUAAACCAGCUGCUGUUGCUGGACCAUGGAGCCAUGCAGGAGGUCUACCAGAUAGACCAGGUCCUCAACCAGUACCUGGAGGGGAAUCCUAAAGCCUCUGGAGAUGAGAUCGAGGAAGUUCUUAGUGAAUUUACAAAAGCAACAAUAGGGGUGACUGGUGAAGGGCCAAAGGUCAACAAACCAAUAAAACACCUUGUUGAAAAGAAGAGCAGUCUGAUAAAUGACUUCUGGAAAAUCCACAUGAAGAGCAGGAAAUGCCCCCUCUGCAGCAGUGGCAGAUUCACGAUACGUCGUGAGCACAACAGUAAACUGAUAGUCACCAUGCCAACGGGAGUCCAAACCAGUGACGACACCGGUGUUGACCUGCUGGCGGGAAAGCGAGUGUAUCUGACCGCCAGUACAGCCAGAGAGCACGUCACCAAACUGUGGGAGACGGAAGGUUUCUUCCUGAGGUGUCUCUUCUCUGGCCUGGAGGGGGCAGCAGCACCAAAGGAGGGAGAGAAGGCUUUGAACCCCGACCUCUUCUUCCUGGAGUUACUGGUGGUUCCACCGAGCAGGUAUCGUCCAAUCAACCGCCUCGGUGAUCAGAUGUUCACCAACGGUCAGACUGUCAACAUGCAGGCAGUGAUGAAAGACUGUGGAGACAUCAGAAAACUGCUGGCCCUGAUCGCUGGAGAAAAAGACACUGAGGUGGAGGAGGCUCCUGAACAGUCGGACCAGUCCUUCCUGUCGGGGGUCCCUGGUCAGACCCUCACUGAUAAACUCUACAACAUGUGGAUCCGCCUGCAGACACACGUCAACAUCGUCUUUGACAGCGACAUGGACAAAAUGAUGACAGAGAAGUUUCCUGGAGUCAGACAGAUCCUUGAGAAGAAAGACGGAUUAUUCCGGAAACACAUGAUGGGAAAACGAGUGGACUACGCUGCGCGCUCCGUCAUCUGUCCUGACAUGUACAUCGGAACCAACGAAAUAGGAAUACCCAUGGUGUUUGCCACCAAGUUGACGUACCCCCAGCCCGUCACCCCGUGGAACGUCAAGGAGCUCCGUCAGGCCGUCCUCAACGGGCCCAACGUUCACCCCGGGGCGUCCAUGGUGGUGACGGAGGACGGCAGCAGGACCAUCCUGUCAGCCACGGACUCUUCGCAGAGGGAGGCUGUUGCCAAGCAACUGUUGACGCCCUGUCCCGGUCCACACAAGAUCCCAGUGAAGAUCGUGAACGGAGGCGUUCUGCUGCUGACCCGACAGCCAACCCUGCACAGACCCUCCAUCCAGGCCCACUGCGCCCGCAUCCUCCCCGGAGAGAAGGUUCUGCGGCUUCACUACGCCAACUGUAAGGCCUACAACGCCGACUUUGACGGAGACGAGAUGAACGCUCACUUCCCUCAGAGCGAGCUGGGCCGAGCGGAGGCCUACACCCUGGUCAGCACCGACCAGCAGUACCUGGUCCCCAAGGACGGUAAACCUUUGGCAGGUCUGAUCCAGGACCACAUGGUGUCGGGGACCAGGAUGACGAUCCGAGGCUGUUUCUUCACCAGAGACCAGUACACGGAGCUGGUGUACAGGGGCCUGACCGACAAACCCGGCCGAGUCAAACUGCUGCCCCCUGCUGUACUGCGACCUCAGCAGCUCUGGACGGGGAAACAGGUGGUGUCCACGCUCCUCUUAAAUGUGAUCCCAGAGAAGGCCGUGCCCCUUAAUUUGGUGGGAAAAUCAAAAAUCCCCAGCAAGGCCUGGCUCCAAGUUCCUCCACGCUCCGCUCCGGGAUACGACCCCGACAGCAUGUGUGAAUCCCAGGUGGUGAUCCGUCAGGGUGAGCUGCUGGUUGGAGUUCUGGACAAGGCUCACUACGGUUCCUCCGCCUACGGUCUGGUCCACUGCUGCUACGAACUGUACGGAGGAAAGACCAGCGGCAAACUGCUGACCUGCCUGGCCCGACUCUUCACUGCCUACCUGCAGCUGUACAGGGGCUUCACUUUGGGUGUGGAGGACAUCCUGGUCAAACCUGGAGCCAAUCAACGGAGGAAGAGAAUCAUCAGGGAGUCGUUGAGUGUUGGCACCAGGGCCCUGCAGGCCGCCUUCAACCUGCCCCCCAACACUGACCAGGCCGAGGCUCGGGGCCGCUGGCAGGACGCUCACCUCAGCCCCGACCAGAGAGACUUCCUGACGGCCGACCAUAAGUUCAAGGAAGUGGCCAACCAAGUGAACAACGACAUCAACAAGGUCUGUAUGCCUCUUGGACUCCACACCUCUUUUCCAGACAACAACCUUCAGCUGAUGGUCCAGUCAGGGGCCAAAGGUUCUACUGUCAACACCAUGCAGAUCUCCUGCCUCCUGGGGCAGAUUGAGCUGGAGGGCCGUCGGCCUCCGCUGAUGCCUUCAGGGAAGUUCUUGCCUUGUUUCCAGCCCUACGACCCCGCUCCUGGGGCCGGGGGCUUCGUCUCUGGAAGGUUCCUCACCGGCAUCAGACCUCAGGAGUUCUUCUUCCACUGUAUGGCUGGUCGAGAAGGUCUGGUGGACACGGCUGUGAAGACCUCCAGAUCAGGAUACCUGCAGAGGUGUGUGAUCAAACAUCUGGAGGGUUUGGUGGUGCAGUACGAUCUCACAGUGAGGGACAGCGAUGGCUCCGUUGUCCAGUUCCUCUACGGUGAAGACGGCCUGGACAUCCCCAAGACUCAGUUCCUGCAGCCGCGACAGUUUCCCUUCAUAGAAAACAACUACCAGGUCAUCAAGACGUCCCAGGACGUGGACAGCGUUCUGGCCCGUUUGGACUCACAGGCUGCCACGAAACACUUUGCAGCCAUUCAACGCUGGAAAACAAAGAGAGAGUUGGUGUGUCCUCGCAGAGGAGCCUUCCUGUUGUUCUCUCAGAAGAAGCUCGCCAAACUGACAGAACAGACGACGGGGCCAGAGGUCUGCAGCAGGACCGCGGCUGUGCUGCAGCUGGCUCAGCAGUGGUAUUCUCUGGAUGACGCCGGUAAAUCCAAGUACAGCAGGAAGUCGUCACGAUGUCCAGAACCAACGCUGGCCCUGUUCAAACCUGACGUCUGCUUCGGGUCGGUCUCUGAGAACUUCCAUGACAUCACAGAGAAAUAUCUGCAGAGCAGGAGCACCAGCCGUCAAGACAGGAUAGACACCCACAGCCUCCGUCAGCUCCUCCACUAUAAGUGGCAGCAUUCCCUGUGUGACCCUGGGGAGGCGGUGGGACUCCUGGCAGCUCAGUCCAUCGGGGAGCCCUCCACCCAGAUGACCCUCAACACCUUCCACUUCGCCGGCAGAGGAGAGAUGAACGUCACGCUGGGAAUCCCUCGACUGAGGGAGAUCCUGAUGGUGGCCAGCUCCAACAUCCAAACCCCCAUGAUGACCAUUCCAGUGCUGAACACCAGGAGAGCCUUGAAGAGAGCCAAGGUGCUGCGGAAGAAACUGACCAGGGUCUGUCUGGCUGAGGUUCUCCAGAGGGUGGACGUGGUGGAGACGCUGCGGACCCAGAGACACCAGAAGCAGCGCUGCUUCAAGGUCACCUUCCACUUCCUGUCUCCAGAGCGCUACAGUGAGGACAAACUGCUGUCACCUCCUCAGAUCCUCCACUACAUGGAGACCAGAUUUUUACGCCUCCUCUUGGAAACGGUGAAGAAGCGCAGCGCCAAGCUGGCCUCCAUCGCCGUGGAGAGCAGAAAGGCCACGUCUGGAGACAAGGACCAGGAGGGAACGCCUGACGCCGUCGGGCUGGACGACGGAGAAGGAGACCAGGAGAAAGACGCCGUUGAAGAGGAGGAGAACGACGGAGACGCCGACGCCUCAGACGCCAAACGAAGAAGCAAACAGGAAGAGGAGGUGGACUACGAGAGCGAAGAGGAGGCCGACGGGGAGCAGGACGGAGACGAUAAAGACGGCCAGGAGGGGGAGGGGGAGGAGGAGCAGGAGGAGGAGAAGAAGGACUCUAGGAAAGUGUCUGUGUCGUCAGAGUUCACAGAGAUGAAAAGAGUGAAGAAGAAAAAGAGACGGACAAAGGAAGGAGGAGAGGAAGGAGAGGAAGGAGGAGAGGAGGAGGGCAUGAGUCAGCUGAGAGUCAACAGUGUCCUACAGAGCCACCCAGCUGUGGAGAGAUACUGCUACGACUACAAACACGAACUCUGGUGUCAGGUGGAGCUGGUCCUUCCACUCAGUAAAGUGCACUUUGACCUGACCUCAGUCCUGUCAACACUGGCCCAAAACUCUGUUAUCGUCGAGACCCGGGGCCUGACCCGCUGCCUCCUGAGUGAAACCACAACAAAGUCUGGGGAGAAGACGACGGUUCUCAACACGGAGGGCAUCAACCUGCAGGAGAUGUUCAAGUACAGCGAAAUUUUAGACCUGAACAGACUCUACUCCAACGAAGUCCACGCCAUGGCCAACACUUAUGGGAUUGAGGUCGCACUGAAGGUCAUAGAGAAGGAGAUCAAAGACGUCUUUGCCGUCUAUGGUAUCGAGGUGGACCCCAGACACCUGUCGCUGGUGGCCGACUACAUGUGUUUUGAAGGUGUUUAUAAACCACUCAACCGUCACGCCAUCCGCUCCAACGCCUCCCCUCUGCAGCAGAUGACAUUUGAGACCAGCUACAAGUUCCUGAAGGAGGCCACCAUGUUGGGGUUGCACGACCAGCUGGUGUCGCCCUCUGCCUGCCUGGUGGUGGGAAAGGUGGUCCGAGGUGGAACUGGACUCUUUGAGCUGAAACAGCCUCUGCAGUAGGAGGUCAGAGGGACGACGUGGAGCAGCGUCUUUUCAUCCACGUACACGUCUGUUGGAUCUAUAAACUCACUUCUCCUCCAAUCAAACCAGUUCUAAAGACUCGUCUGUCGUCUGUAUUAAUAAAACCCAUAAAGCAGACAAUUUGGUAAAAAUCAAACUCAUCACUUUCUGAUUGUUUGUUAUAAUAAAAAUGUGCAACAUUUUAGUUCAGCCUUUGAAUAUUUUUGUUGAUGUUAAAUAAAAACGUGAAUAUUUCA